AUGAACAUUAAUGGAUUAUAUAACUUUGAAUAUAAUGUGAGCGGUAGAUGUUUUAAUAAUGAGAGAUUUUGCUAUCCAAAGAUUUUCGAGGAAGAAUUAAAGGAUUGGUUUUUAUUGCUUAAAGAUCCAAAUCUAUCAGGGAUUAGAACAAAGAAUUCUACAAUUAGUGGAUAUGCCAUAAAUAAUUCAACGAAAGAAAUACUUUUAAUUAACCUCAAAUCGAAUUUUAAUUCUACAGAUCUGAAUGAUAAUCCUUUUGCUUUCUUUUCAACUUCAAUAGAAGCUGCAUAUUUUUGGAUUAAUGGUGAUUAUGUUCAAAGGGGUCUAUUUGAUUCUUGA